CAUUCACUCAACAAUUAGCUACCUAGCUACUACUACUACUUCACUACUCUCACAAGGAGUGCCUACAUUAUAUUCAAAUCUUAAUCCUUCAUUCUUGUGAGAAUGGACUUGGCUUUUGCGUUCGGUCUUCUAGGGAAUAUUGUCUCAUUCAUGGUGUACCUUGCACCCGUGCCAACAUUUUAUAAGAUUUACACGAAGAAAUCGACGGAAGGAUUCCAAUCAGUGCCGUACGUUGUCGGGCUGUUCAGUGCCAUGCUAUGGAUUUACUACGCUUUCCUCACCCCCGACACCACUCUUCUCAUUACCAUCAACUCUGUCGGAUGUUUCGUACAAACUUUCUACCUUUGUUUCUUCCUCUUCUAUGCCACCAACAAAGCUAAGAUUAACACAAUGAAAGCUCUUCUUCUCCUGAACGUUGGUGGGUACGGGCUAAUCAUUCUGAUUACUCAAUUUGUGGCCAAAGACUCCUCAAGCCGAGCCCAUAUUGUAGGGUGGAUUUGCUUAGUGUUUGCUUUGUGCGUGUUUGUCGCACCAUUGUGCAUUUUGAGGCAAGUUAUCAAGACCAAAAGUGUGGAGUACAUGCCAUUUCUCCUCUCUUUUUUCCUCACUCUUAGCGCUGUCAUGUGGUUCUUCUACGGUCUACUCCGCAAGGACUACAAUAUUGCAAUUCCGAACAUAUUGGGGUUCAUCUUCGGCAUCCUCCAGAUGGUGCUUUACGUGGUAUACAAGAACGGGAAGAAGACGGAAUCGAGCGCCGAGCAAAAGCUGCCGGAAAGUGAGCAAGUGGAGCUGAAGCAGCAGGUCCCGGAGGAGUUGAAAGAGCAGGUGAUCGAUGUUGUCAAGCUCAGCGCUGCUCUUGCGCUCACCGGAAUGUCUCCGCCGCUGGCCGUGGCAGUGCCGGUGCCGUUGCCUUUGCCCGUGUCUCAAACUCCUAACUAAUUGCUAUCAUGCAAGCUUAAGCGAAGCAAUGCUUGACUGUCAUUUCGUAUCUUAAUUAUCAUGUCUGUCAUGUCCUUCAAUUGUGUAUGUUAUGUGUGGCUUAAUUAUUUAAUUUCAACUUGUUUUGUAUUAUAUAUAAUUAUUAAUUAUUAUUA